AUGUCAGAUCAUUCUGACGAAUUCUUUUUGCCUCCUUCCAUUAAACAAAUUGUCAAAGAUCACGUAUCAAAGAUAAGAAAUCCAGGUCACACCUCUAAAAAUAAGAGGAAACCACAAUUUAGGCUCAGGUUUGAUUCGAAUAUACUUAGAGUUAUUUAUCAGAGAGCUGCAAAAGAAGCAGCACGACGUGCUCGAGAAAUGUUUAAGAUUAAAAUUACGGAGGUGAGAAGUUCUCGAGUGAGAAAUGAAUGCACAUAUACCGAAUCAUAUGUGGAUAGCGAUGAAGAGGACGAGAGGAUCGUCCAGCUCUUGAAAAAGAUCAAGAGAAAAUAUAAGAACGAAAAAAGCAAUGCCUUACCAAAGAAACAACUUAUCGCGGGGCCAAUUGAUUUGACUGGUGAUGACGUAGAAAUUGAAAAUACUGCGCCAAUAAUAGAUCUUACUGAUGAAACUUUUGUCGAUCGUCCAAAAUUUGGUAGAGAAAUCCGACUAGUCAAAAGAGCCAACAGAGGUAGCAAUUCUUCGGAGGCUUCUGGUAAUAAAACGAUGCAUUUUGAACCUCGGGAAGGAAAUAUAAAAACCCUAAAUAAUGGAAAAAAACGAAAGCUUAAUGUUAUUUUAGAAGAAAAUAAAGAGAGGUCUGGUGAACUAGUUCCUUCUUUAGGAACGUUUACUGGGAUUUCAAAGGCACCCAAGGAAAUUUUAUAUAAUGCGUAUGGAAGAACGGCUGAUAAAUCUAAUACUCACAAAAUCAUUGUUGGAGAAGAUGAUGUUAUUUCGUUCGAGUCAAGCGUUCAACCACAAGAGCAUCUUAAAACAAGCGAAUAUGUCAUUGCUAUUUAUAAUAAAUAUUCGAAUACGUUGACCUUUCAAUGUGUAAAUGAAAUAGAUUUAGUUCCUGUUUCGAAACGUUUGAAAGCUGAACAACCAGAAGAACCAAAACCGAUUCAAGACUAUUUUACAGCAAAGACGGCUCUCGAUAAAGAGUUCGGUUCCAAGAAAGUUCGGUCAAAAAUUUCCGCGCGAGAGAGAGGACAAAUCGACAUAUCACAAGUUCGCGAUCUUGAUAAAAUUGCUGCAGGGGUUGAAGAAAAAGUCAAGAGCAAGCCUGUCAAUGAGGAACAGAAGAAGGAAGACAGGAUUAUUCCUCCAUAUGAUGAAACAACGACAGAUCCCUCUAAGAUCUAUAAUUGGGAGAACAUCAUUACUCCAGCGGAACUAGCCGCAAUAGAUAUUCAUGCCUUACUCCUAGCGAAGACCGAAACAGAUAGAAUAGCACUUUUGCCAUAUCCAGAAUCAAAUUACGUCAAAUCGCGUCUUUUACCUUCGUUGACGGCUAAAAAAGUGAACCAUAAGCGUAUUAAAACACUCUUAUACAUCAACUAUCUGAUGGCUUUCCGAUCACACGCUUUCGACAAUGUACAAAGCCGUCAACGGAUGGCCGAAAAACUGAGAAGUCCUCCAAAUAUUAUUUUGGAAAAACUAUAUGAGCGUUUCGUCUAUCGUGCUUUUAAGAAGAUCGGAGGAAAUGAACGUUUAAAAUUCACCGAGAGAAAUGAACAGAAAUUGACCUGUUAUAUGUUGGUUCUGUGUUUGAUACUCGACAAAUAUCAUGUGGAUCCCAUGCCAAUAAGCGAAGAUUUGCGUACUACAACAAAUAAGUAG